AAGCAGAAAAUUGUAAUCGUAUCUCGUUUGUGUAAUCCAUCAGAUGGCAAGCAAUUUUUUUUGCUUGAUCUAUGUGGAAGUCUGAUAAAAUUUUUUGUUUACAUACAGUUUUUAAAUUAGUUUAAGUGAAAUGGCCAAAAAGUUCUGCUACUCGGAGAAAAAGACCCUAGCGCGUAUUGAAAAAAAGCAGAAUCACCGUAAAGUUCCGGAUUCCCAAUUUGAGAAUGGUCAGGAUGCUGAGGAGGAGGAUGGUGAUGGCAGUAAGGCAAUGGGUCCAGAAUUGGCACCGCAGAAGUUGGGAGUUCUGAAGAACCUUGCCAACGGUUACUUGAAGUUGGUCCACGAAAUCGAGGCCAACCUCUGCAUUCCAGCGCCUCCUAUGGGCGAAGCCAAAUCAGAGCGUGAGGUGGGUGGGGAAAUCGCUCGAAAUACCGAAAUCGAAGAGGAUAUAUCGCAAUCUUCAGAGGAUACCACUUAUCCAGGAAUAGGCUUUGUGAAUUUGUAUAGGCGCAGUACUCACUUUGAGUGCUUGGGAAUUCCUCUAACUUCCUUGGAGCUGUUCUGUAUGGAGCGCCAAAGAAAUGCUGGCACUGAGGCGGCGGAUUCAUUGAAAUCUCUAGAUGAGCGGUUGAGUAAGGAGACCGAACGGGUUCCUAAAAGAAAUCCAUCGAAUACAGCCAAAAAUGAAAACAUCAUAGAAAAUACUUCUAAAUCUAAAUCUGCCAAAGAUCAGGAAACAGAAGCAAGACUCGAUGAGGAACUUGCAAAUCAAUGUUCAACGAUCGAGCUAUACCAGGAUUCGCCCACCGGUUCACAUUUUAAAAAUCCAAAGUCCGUGCACUCUACCAUGGAAUCUAAUAUUUGGGGAAAAUUUCCAGCUAAAAGUGGAAGCAUAAUUCUUGGUAAACGAACUAAAUCACCCAGUAAACGUCAAUAUACUAGGGAAAAAAUAAAAUCAUUAUGUCCAAAAAUUCCCGCCAAACCCUCAGCGUUGGAGACCCAUUUAUAUAGCAGCGACAGUGAGAUGUUUGGGGGCUCACACGCCCCUAAUCCAGUGGAGAGCUCUUCUAUGAAAGUAUCCGGGAAACGCUUAGAGGAGCUGAUGAAUUGUAAGCCAGAUAAAUUGCGUUUGAAGAAGUCUAUCAGCACGAUUGUUGAAUCCGAUUUCGAGCCACUAGAGCCUAUGAGUUCCAGCGAUACCUUCACGGAGGCGUGGAAGAAUUCGAAUUUGAAUAGGGUACCAAACCAACAAAACCCACGGAUCGGCGGACUUUAUCGUCGGAGCGAAAAGCUAAAGUUCCAGCCCAUUGAUCGCCUAGACGCGGGCUGGGUUGGUCUACCGCUGUUCAAGAACUCGGAGGAAUCCCUGAAGAGGACACAGUACUUUGUGACCGAGUUCGAUAAGCUGAGUCACGCUGAUAAGGUGCAGGACAUAGAGUUGCGAAUGGACCAGUUGCGGUGGCUCCACGCAACGACGGAUCAUGAAUAUCGCCAGCACUUCCGGAAAAAGAGUAUUCCCUUUAAGAAGGUCUUGACUAAUUCGGUGCAGUAUGCGUGUCCUUUAAACUACGACGAAUGUCCGGCGGUGAAGAACGACACUCUAUUGGCACACUUCAUAUGCUGGCAUUUGGAUGAGCCGGGGAAGGAGUUGCGUGAGAUUUUCGAGGACGAACAGGUGCUAAUGGUCUUCACUCCCAGGGCCUUCCGGCUGGGCAAGACAGAGUGCCUUUCCGUGCUGGUUUACGGUGGCGUUCGGAAUAGGUCCUGCACCCUGCCCGGCGUCAGAUUUAUGCCCACACCGAACACAGGUUUACCAGAAGCCUACGACCAUUUUGGCAGCCAUUUGCCACUGCUCUUGAUGAUUUGCAGGAACCGGACGGGAACUGCGGAGGGAAGGAAGGUGCGGUUCGAGGGCCUUGAAGACGAGGAGACCCUCGCUCUGUGGAUGGCCAGCAGGGAUCUGCCUUGCCCCAUCCACGUGGCUAUGACUGUACUCAGCCGACGACUAGAUGUCACUAGAAGCUCCAUCAUGAAGGUCCGAGAACUCCACAAAUCGCAGGACCCUCUCGACUUCAUGUUAUCCAACAAAAACCAUAUGCGUCUCAGCAAUCACGACUUGCGCGUUUUCACCAACGAUCAUAGGGAGCCAAUAUAUUUGGAGGUUGUUGUGAAGGAGUACGCCGGUAUACCUUAAUGCCUCACUUCAGCUCAUUUCCAAGGCGUCGACUGAAUCUCUCACAUAAUUCUUAGUGGUUGGGCCCAGUUCCCUGGACAUGCCAAUAAUGGAGGUCUUGCAUAGGUUAGAAUUUACUUUAAUACAUUUUCCAAAAUUAUAAAAUUUUUAAUCUGUUAAGAUACUAUACUUUAAAUGGGAUUAUGAUUUAGAUUUAUGAUUUUAGGCAGUUGUUUGCAACUCAAAAAAGGAAAUAUAACCAGCCAAAUACAAUAAAAAUCAGCAAAUUCAAGCGCGUAAUAAAUUUAUGAAAA